AUGGCCCUCAACCUAGAGAAACAGCUGCUCUUUUAUGGAGCCUACCACAAUAACCCAGUUAAUGUCGCCAUCCACAUCACCUGUGUCCCGAUCCUGCUGUUUACUGGCAUCAUCCUCGCCUGCAACUGCCCAACCCUCUUCCCCCUCCCCGAAGCACUACAAUACGAAUACCUCCCCGCAAAUGCAGGCACUAUUGGCGCCCUCAUCUACGCCACGUUCUACAUCCUCCUGGAACCCGUCGCGGGUGGCCUGAUCGCGCCGUUGGUGGUCGGCUCGGCGGCCUAUGGCAACUACCUCCUGGGCACCUAUGGGAGUGUCGUGAACUACUACGCCGGCGGCAUCCACGUCGUGUCAUGGCUGGCCCAGUUUGUCGGCCAUGGCGUGUACGAGGGCCGCGCGCCCGCGCUGCUGGAUAAUCUUGUGCAGGCGCUCCUGCUGGCGCCGCUGUUCGUCUGGAUGGAGAUCCUGUUCUUCUUCGGGUAUCGGCCGGAACUAAAGAAUCGCUUCGAUGAGAGCGUCAAGUUGGAGGUGGAGAAGUUUCGCCAGCUGAAGAAGCAGGGGAAGGCGGUUAAAUAG